AAUUUAAUUUAAAAAUAAUUUCUACUAUCAAAAUGAUUGAAAUCCGUAAGAAAUGCGCGAAAUUUUGGAUAAAAAUCCGCGAAAAUUUUCAAAACAGUAAACAAAAUGACGAACUGUUUGCAUAAAACAUGUGCAGUUUGUCUCACACAAUAUGGUAAAAAAUCGACUAAAAUUCAAAAGAUUACUCCUGCUAUUGAAACCAAGAUCAAAUGCUUCGUCUGGAACCAGUUUAGUGUACAAGUGGCCAACUAUCCUAAUGUUAUUUGCAACAACUGUCUCAGAAACCUCUAUGAUCUUGACAAGAACAAGGUGGAAUACCUGGGAAACUGGAUAGAGAAAAUAUCAAAGAUUGACAGAUCUGGUCUUAGAAGAUCCUCAAAUAUAAAUCUGAAAGCUGAAGAAUUGGCUUCAUCUAAUGUAUCUUUUCCUAAACCUGUAAAGUCUUCAAGAUUAUGUUCAACUUGCUGUUCUAUUGCUCAGUUUAUGGCCUUUGUUUGAGAGCUAGUUGAGCUCAAAUUACAUAAUGUUCAGAGGAUAUCAAGGUGUAGGAUUAGAUAGAAAUAAUGCUAGUAACUUUCUAAAACUGACAGACAAGCUUGAAGAUGAUUUAAAAAACGAUAAAAAGUACAACCUAUUGCCAAUUGUUCACUGUCUGAAAAAGUUUCAAAAACUCUAAGCAGAAACCUUUGGUAUGGUAGUUGGAGAAAAUGUGGAAAAUGCUGUUCAAGAGUUCAAAAAAUCUUAUAAUUAAAGAUAUGAUCAUUUGAUGGUGUUGAGCUGAGUGUCACCUGGAAAGUUCAUAUAGGUGUAUGUCAUAUAUUACCAUUUCUUCAAUCAACAGAACAUGGCCUAGGAGUUUACUGUGAACAAACAGGAGAAGCUAAUCAUCAUGAGUUCAAAAAACAUGGAACAGAUACAAACGAAGAGUCAAUCAUGAAGAUUAUGCAAAACGGUUAAAAUCCAGUGUUGUUGAAUUUGCAGCACAUAAUAUUAAUUAGAUGUAGCAGUUAAAAAUGUAAAUAUUUCAUGUUGAUUAGUUUCAGAAUAGUUACUUAUCUUAUACAUGAGUCGUAUUUUUAAGUAUUAAAGAACAUUUAACGUUUAUGAUGUGUUAUAUAGCUUAAAAAUACACUAUUAUCAUUAAUUCUAUAGAGAAAUUUCGUGGAUUUUUAAUUUUCAAAAAAUCUUAAAAUUUCCAAUCUCCCAGAAAUUCUAAAUGGUAUAAAUGGUAUCUACUAAUAUAUUAUCUAAGUAAUGAAGAAGAAAAAUUAGACCUGGGGAACAACUCACCCUGACGGUCACUCUGGUCAA